UUCAGCUUUCCAGGGGAUACUGGCAGGCAUUAUCAACGCUAACAAAGAGGACAUCGCCGAUACGCCAUUAUUAUCAUUUUUGACUGUAGUUGCCUUUCACCAAGAUCACUCGCGCUAGUCGACAUCGCUGCAUGCACAAUUGAUAUAGAGAGGUGUCGGACUUCCGACUUGUAAACAAAUCACCAUGUCGGUUCUACUGGAAACCAGCGCAGGCGACAUCGUCAUCGACUUACUGGUCGACUACGCGCCCAAGCUCUGCGAAAACUUUUUGAAGCUCUGCAAAGUCAAAUACUACAACUUCUCGCCUGUUCAUUCUGUCCAGAAAAACUUUUCGUUCCAAACUGGUGAUCCCCUCGGACCUAUGGCUCCCCAAUCCGACGGUGGUAGCAGCAUAUGGGGAGUACUAUCGGGCGACCCCGCCCAGCGAACGUUUCCAGCCCUCUUCCAUCCAAAGCUCCGUCAUGCGGAGCGCGGCACCGUUAGUAUGGCCACGGCGCCCCAUCCUACAGACCCGGACACGCGACUGGCGGGCUCGCAGUUCAUCGUGACACUGGGCGAAGACACCGAUUUCAUCGACGGCAAGGCGGCCAUUUUCGGCAAAGUGGUCGAGGGUUUUGACACCCUUGAGAAGAUAAACGAAGCCAUCAUUGACGAAAAGGGACAUCCGCUCGUCGACAUCCGUAUCAAACACACUGUCAUCCUCGACGACCCCUACCCCGAUCCGGCUGGUCUGAGGGAGCCCAGCAGCUCCCCGGCCCCGACACCUGCGCAGAUAGCCACGGUGCGCAUCGCCGAAGACGAGGCCGCGAAGCUUGCGGAGGAAGAUGCGGAGGGCGAUGAGGACCGGGCUGCUGCGGCAGAGAAGCAGCGGCGUGAGCGGGAGGCCAAAGCGCAGGCUUUGACUCUUGAGAUGAUGGGCGAUCUGCCGUUCGCUGAGGUCAAGCCUCCCGAGAACGUGCUAUUCGUGUGCAAACUCAACCCCGUUACGCAGGAUGCGGAUCUAGAGCUCAUCUUCAGUCGAUUCGGCAAAAUCCUGUCGUGCGAGGUCAUUAGGGAUUCCAAGACGGGCGACAGCCUGCAGUACGCAUUCAUCGAAUUCGAGGACAAGGCUGCCUGUGAGACGGCAUACUUCAAGAUGCAGGGUGUUCUCAUCGAUGACCGCCGUAUACACGUUGAUUUCAGUCAAAGCGUGAGCAAGUUGAGCAAUGCAUGGCGGACGGACGCCAACGACAAGCGGAGGAAACAGGCUGCCAAAGGCCGCGGCGGCUGGGGUGGAGUUGACGAACUGGAAAAGUGGCGGAAGUACAGAGAAGACGACGGGCGGGACGAUCGGCCGGAUAGCUACGGGAUGGUUUACGGCAAGGAAGAGAUGCAAGGCCGCCACGAGCGUCAAAAGGCAGGCCCGGGACACGACGCAGAGAAGCCUCGCGAGGGUGGGGGUGACCGUAAUGGUUACGACCAACGACGAGACAGGGCCUCGGAUUCAAGAAGAAGGAGCCGCAGUCGGAGUCCGCGAAGAGAAAGGCACCGAGAUUCACGAGAUGGGCGGCGACGGGAUGACCGAGAUUCGGGUUCCAAAAGAGGCGGCGAACGCAGCCGUCAUGAUCGGGAUCGAGGUCAAGAACGCCAUAAUCGUGGUAAUGACUACGAUCGAGACCGUCGCCGUGAUAGGGAUCGACGUGAUGAUUACAGGAGACGAUGAGUGACUGUCACUUGCAGUCCAGCAAAAGGAUAGGCCGCGAUCAACCGGACGGACGCCGACGAGGUAGCUUCUGUAUACUGGUUGACAUAGUAGUUGAGUCUGACCUCUUGAAGUGAGUCUAGCAUUCGUUCCGUGGCGACAUCCUGAGUUACUCUACAGGAUCGCCAAAACUGGUCCAGACUACUGGCAAUCACUUCCGCCAUACAUGGCCGAGGAUCGCUCAAGAUAUGUCGCAUCAUCAUCGCAACUCGAACUGGUGGAUUAGGUGGGAAUCAGCUGGACGGCAGACAAUCCCAUUUCGAGCCUCGAUUCAUUGAUUGCCUGGACUUUUCACUUGGACCAUCCCCGAUCUUGAGGUUAGGAUUACGGCGAAAUGCUUCGAGAUUGAAGAGCGGUGCAGAACCUGCAUUCACAACAUGACACGUAAGUUCGCUUGACAGACGGCAUCAUUUAUGGUUCAAGUUUGUAGGUUCCAUGCGAUGUGGAAUGGAUAAAGCAACAAGAAGCGAAAAACGAGGCCAAUUUCCUUGAUGAGAGCGGUAUUGCUGGAUGGGUGCAAGACCUGACGGUGCUACACGCUACGGCCGCUCGCUUGCUACCGCUCACGACUGACGGAGGUCAACAGCAACAGCAUUAGUGCAGUCCGCCGAUGUCCGCCUAGGCUAUUGACUCUGCCUGGUGGUGCUCAUCUAUCAGUCUGCCUCUCCCACAUGGAUUUGGUGUCAUACCUUGCAUCCAAUAGACAAACAAACAUGACUCAAUUUUAUUCCCCCCUGGUUAUCAUGUUUGUCUCCGUCAUGACUUGCCGUUUACAGACCGCAGUUUUGCUGGCGCCCGGUGGCCAGCCAUACAUGAUCACGCACCCGUCAAUUUGGGUUUACUGCAGUUUUGGACACUUGUUUGGUUGCCGCUUCCAGCAGAACAGACUCGCUGGGGCCUCUCGAACAGCUGGGGUGUUGAAGUUGGAGUGUCAGUACCUCGGGGAAGAUGCUACCUAGCUGGGAAAUCGGGGAGGGCAAAAGUAUCCCAGAGGUUUUUUUUUUUUUUUUUUUUUUUCCCCUUCGCACUCAUUGUUUUCUAGCCCCUGACUAAAUCAAGAGGUGAUGCAACUGCGAUAUAUCUCAGGCACGGUGGCGGCAUAAUCAUCAGCCGUUCGAUGGUUCCCUUGCUAUUACUUGUUCCGGAUGUGAGCUUUUCCGGUCCGCAAAUAGAGUACGGGGAAAAGUUGACGUUUAUACUACCCAAUUUUCUAAUCUUUCAGAGCAAUAACUUGCGUUAGUUACCACACCACCACUUAUGUGAUGCCACCUUUCCAUCUCGUAUCUUCAUCUUCCUUGUUUUGGGCCUCGACUGUCUUGCCUUGCCACCAUUACCUUAUGAUACCGGUGCCUUCUGAUGAGUGUUUCCUCAAUUUCCUGGCCGC